AUGUCUAAAUCUUUGUCGUCGUCGAGUAAUUUGAGUAAUUCAAACACUAAAACCAGGAGUAAUGAGGAGGCGGACGGAAUUGAACUCAAAAAGUGCACUUCCGACGCGUCGAUCAACAACGAGCGCAUGUUUGCGAGCUUGGAAGAGCUAAUGACUUAUAUCGGUGAGUUUUACGGAUUUUUUGGCGGUCCAACAUAAUAGAACUGCGCAGAAUAGAACCGCGAAAUAAUAGAACUGUUUUUGUGUAUUUAUAUGAGCAUUUUGUCCGUUCCUUUCAAUUAACUUUCGCAAAAAUUUUUUGUCUUUCGAACAAUUAAGCAGAAGAGCACAGUUUAAGCCUAGAAAAUUGGUUUCCUUUCGUUUUUGAUAGUACAAUAAAAUUAUUUUCUGUGGGUUUUCGUUACCGUAGAGAAGAGGGAUCACGACGGAAGUGAAAUUAAUGAAUGCAAUAAAUCGAUCACGAGAUUCAAAAAUUAUCUUUUUCUACGAAACAAUUAUUCAACAGAAAGUUAUAUUGCGGCCGGUUCUAUUGUGUCGCGGUUCUAUUCUGCCCGGUUCUAUUAUGUUGGACCGCCGAUUUUUUUUUGUCGUAUUACCACCAGAGAGAACCGCCGAAGUGAAAAGCGGAAUGCGGAUUCCGCGGAUGGACCUCUGAUUAGCACUUUCAAAGAAAUACAAAAAUUUUAAAGGACUCUGAGGGAACCCUCAAAUUUUUUUGAGUUUUGUUUGUGUCUGUCUUAUUGCCCCAUGAAUUGUCCGUGGUCAAAAAAAAAUCCUAGGCUUUGCAGACGUUGCCAAAAAUUCACACAGAUGAACAGACAAACAAGACAGUGAAUGUGGCAAUAAGAGGCGAUUCACCACAGACAGACACGCAAUAAUGACACAAAACGCAUUUUUUUUUCAGGCUCGCGCUACCCGCACUUUCGAAAAACCGUGUUGCCGAUCGUGCUCGUCUACACGUUUCUCUACUUCUUCUCGCGAUUUCUGUCGAUUCUCGAACAAAUGAAAGCGUUGAGAGCGGCGAAGAACGACGAGUACUUCUACUCGAAAUGUCUGGCGCAGACGUCGGACGACUCGCUCAAAGUCGUCGAAAGUGCGGAUUUUAUGGUACAUCGGGUGCCCAGUUGGGAACUGUCCAUCGUCAUCAACGCAUUUCUCAUGUUCGCAUUCACCACGUGAGCCUCUCGAUUUCUUAUGCUUUCAAAAGCAGUUUUUCUGAAAUUUUAAUCAAGGUUUUUGCAGAGUGAGCCCCCGAAAAUUGGUCCUUUGCUCGCUGGCGAUCAUCAGUUGCUGUUACUUUGUAAUGGCUCAUUUUCCGGCUCAAAUGCAAAUGAGCACUUUUUUGUCGCAAAUUCUCACCGAGGUUUCGUUUUUUUUUCAAUUUUUCACUGGGGCUGGGCUAUUGGCCUGUGACUUUUGACCGACUAGCAAUGAUCCGAUCGGACCCGAAAAAGUGGGUCAAAAGUCGAAGGACAAGGGUCUGCCCUGUGUUUUACAAAAUAUUGAUUGACUUUUCACAAAAUACUUUUUCUAGAUUUACCGUAUGACUGCUCUGGUGACGAUCGCCGAAUCGGUGCCGAAAUACCAUCGAAUGCCGGCCCUGGUCCUUUUGGAAAUGGGUGAUUUUUCUGUAGAAAAGAGUCAUGUUAUCAAAAAAUGCCAAUUUUUCAGCGGCGACAAUCGCCCGUCUCGUCGCCGUCACAUUUGUUCGACUUCCGGCCGACAUCUCACUCGAUUUGUCGUAUUGUUUCGAAAUUUUCGGAUUUCUCACACUCGUCCUCGCGUUUUUCACUUUUUAGUGCGUAAAUUGCUCCUGUCAAACUUUUGCCGAUUCGAAACAGUGACCUAAAAGAGAAUACUAGAAAAAUGCAUAUUCUCCUUCAACGUAUUUUUGUCACAUUCACCACGGUCUCCCACGGCUUUCAGUGGGGCGCACUUGCAACAGGCGGGCUGUGUCGAUUUACGCGGUGGCCGAUUAAUUAAUUUUCAACGGGAGUACGCGUUCUUUCCAUAUUUUCUGUACAAUACACCUAUUUUUUGUACGCCUGGAACCUGGAUUCGAAUAGUUAGAGCCCUAACUACGUUUUGGUAACAGAAAUUUCAAAUAUCGUUGAGAAUUAGCCGAGUUAUUUCGAUUUGAAGGUUUUCGCCUGGAUUUUGAUGUUUUUCGAAUAGUUUUCGAAAACUGCUCAAGAAAACUAACCGCCGGAACCUGAAUUUUGUGAAGAAAGAUUCAGCGAACAUUUUUAUCGUUCGUUGGGCUCAUGAAAUGCAAAAUGAGCUGAAAUAUAAAGGUUUGAAGUUUUGACGAAAUGCGAAAAAGACGCUAAAAACAUGAAAAACUCUAAAUUCUGUAAAGAACGGUUUCCAAUCAGUAAAAUAUUGUUUUCUAGACGUUUUUCAAGUCAAAAUGAAAGAAAUAAAGGUCGUGAACUCGAAUUGAACUGCUUUUUUUUUAGACCUGCAAAUUUUCAAAAGUUACAACGACACUCCGCAAUUUACGAGCGCACUGUGUUUAGCAUUAGCGCGCUGGGAGACCGUGUUCACUCAAAUUUUUAUGAACGGAAAAUCUCGCGGGUCAAAAUUGUCGACAAUGUGAUGGCCUAACUUUCAGCACGUUCAACGAUUCGCUCUACAGCCUGCUCGCCCGUUCGAAGACGGCCGAAAUGCAAUCGCGAGUCACCGAGGUGUUCCGUCAUUCGGCGAUCCGUCUGGCGCCCGACGCCGUCAUCGAUCAGAUCGCAUUCGAGAAUUUCGAGAACAACGAGAAUGCGAUCGAGAUUCUGACGCGCACGCUGAAGACGUUCAAACUGAUUCAGGUAGGCCUAAAAAACCAGCGAACCCUCAAAAUGUACGAACUAUUUUUGUGUCUGUCUGUCCGAGUUGUGGCCGUGACCUAGAAAACUUUCAGUUGUGAAAACUCUUGCACCCUUUCACUUUGACAAUCUGUUAAUUUGUGUGAAUAUUUGGAAACGUCUGCAAAGCCUAGUAUUUUUCUAGGCCACGGCCGGUCAAAAUUUUAACUGCGCGCGGGGACUCGGACACUGAAUGUGGCAAUAAGAGGCGUUUCAGACAGACACAUAAACUCGCACGGUUCGUCCUUUAACUUAUCAGAAAAAUCUUUUUAAAAAAGUGUAUUCAGGAAGUGCUCGUGUGCGGCCUGCUCUCGGGUGCCUGCCUCGCCGUGAACGCCUUCAUGGAGGCGGAAAUCGACAAGCACGCGGAGGUGUUCUUUUUCGAAAAUGCGCUCGUGGCGCCCGUCUCGUUCACCGCCGCCACCGUCCUCAUCUCUGUGUUCGCCGUGCUUCUGCCCAGACAUCGCAUUUUGCCCGUCAUUAUCAUCGUACCUCUCCUCUUUUUCGCCGCCUCCGUCAUGUUUGUGAUACCGACGGUGUACAAGACGUAUGACAAAUGCUCGAAACAUUGGGUUGUGCAAGGUGAGCAUUUGAUUUUUGAUUUGAAUGAAAAAAAUGUGCCGACUACUUGCAGACGCAGUCUUUCCGUACUACCUGGUCGUCGGAGUGUUCACCUCGGCGCUGACCGAUGUCAUUACGUUUUUUGUGCGAGUUCACUUGGUGAGUUGAAGCAGAAUUUCACAAAAAAGCAAACAAGUGAGGUUCUCCAGUCCCGCGCCGGCAAAUUUGAAAAAAGUUAUCGAUCGAUAACCGCUUAGCUUUUUCUGGGAAAUUGGCGAAUAUUUGCAGUUAGAAGUGAUGCCGGUGCUCAUCAGGACCGCAAUUUUGGCCGUUCUCUAUUUUCUACAAUAUUCGUUCGAUGGAAAUGUUCGAGAAGUUUGUUCUUUUUCAUUGAAAACAAAACGCAUUCAUGGGGUUAUUCAGGCUGUGAAAAAAAUGAUUUUUUUCCGUUUUUUUUCGUUUUUUUACGUCAAAAAACCCAAUUCAGCGGUGUAAAAAAACGAAAAAAAAACGGAAAACAAACAUACGCUGAAUAGCCCCUUUAUAAAUGUUGUAGCUCUACUCGACGAACAGUGUCGGCGGCUCGGCGAUGCUCAUUCUGAUCUCGGUCAUUUCGAUGCUCGUUCUGCUGAUUACGCCCCGAAAACGAAACGAUAUGAAUGUGUACUUUUGCGAAUAUACGGUACACACUCAAUGAUUUUCUUUUGCUGAAAUUCUCGCCAUCUUUAUUAUUAUUUUUUUGCAGAGAAACGACAAAAAACGAUCGAUUCCGCCGGCGCCAGAAAUCGUCAAAUGA